UCAUGUGACGGUCAUAUAGUACAACUCAGUCAGUGCUCCAGUCCAGUCUGAACCAACGCUGCUGCUGCUGCUGCUGCUGCUGCUGCACGGCCAGUCUCAAGGGCAAACACUGCCCCGUCCGAUGCACCGGAUAAAAGCAACACUCCCCGCGCUUUUUGCAUUGGGAUUAUAUGCUUCUUGCUUUGAGUGAUCAAGACAUACUGCGUCCUGGCUGGAGACCUUGGAUUGUAAGAGUGUUUCCCUGACGCUUACUUUUUCCACCCUGGGAGAGAACACCAGGUGUUUCACUAUCUCACCCCAGUGAGAGGACUGGCCUUGGUGACCUGGGUUUAUUUGGCCUAACUUUCCAAGUGAGGGGGGAUCAUUUUCUUACAAAUCUUCCUAAACACAGACUCCAGGUCCGACAAGAGACAGCAGUUUGGCAUUAGCCAGGGAUGGUGGAUAACUCCCCAGUGAGCGAGGAGACUUUUCUUCCUUACGGUGGCUCUCCACCAGCAUACCGGCUGUCUGACAUGGUGACAGACCUGAGCUCCUACCAGGUGAUGCCAUCACCGUUUUCGGAGGAUGACCUUAGCGAGUCAUCCAGCCCUCGUUCCUGCUCCAGCCCGGACUCCCAGGUGCUCAGCUCGAGCUACGGCAGUAACUCUAGUGCCGAGAGCCAGGACAGCAUCCUGGACCACCUGCUGUCCCAGGCCUCUUUAGGCAGUGCUGCUGUAGCAUCUGGGGCACCUAUACCAUUAUCUACUUUCCUCUGGGAGUCAAGGAAAGAUGAGCCCUUGAAACGUGAGCCUGUGAAGGAGGAACAUUUUGACUUCCUUGCCUGGUCCAAUGCAGAAGCAGAGGAACAACUCGGAGGGUCUUUCCAGCCCACACUGGAAGAAAUUGAAGAAUUCCUGGAGGAGAAUAUGGAGGUGGUGACAAUGAAGCAGGAGAUCAGAGAGAGUUGCCCAGGGUUGGGAGUGGGACUAGAGGAGGCUUUUGGUCUAGAAGCUGGCCUGGAGUGGUGCAGGGAUGCAUCCCCUGAGCCUAAGCUGGAGUCAGAGGCCAAGUAUUCAGACCAAACUGUCCCCACCGCCUGCACUGCUGCCUCCGGCGAGACCAAAACCACAUCUGUUAACCCCACACAUGAAUCCAGCACAACGGACAAGAAGGCAUCCGCCAACAAACCUUCAUCAGCAGACAGUGGUUCUAACGGUGGUGGGAUGCCAGUCAUCCUACAGAUUCAGCCCCUUCAGAUCAAGCAGGAGCCCACCGCGGUGCCUCUCACCCCCGUAGCCCAGCCCCCACCGCCUGCCCCAGCCUCAGACAUCAAAAUCGCACAGUUACUAGUCAACAUCCAAGGUCAGACCUUUGCCCUGGUGCCCCACAUCCUGCCCUCCCCCACCAUGAACAUGUCUUCAAAGUUUGUACGCAUUGCUCCCGUCCCCAUUGCGGCCAAGCCUCUGGGGCUCGGGGACAGCUCAAUCAGUCAGGGAUCGGGGAUUCUUGUCGGAGAUCAGAAGUUCCAGAAGAACCCGGUGGCGGAUCUUAUCAAAAUGCACAAAUGCACUUUUCCUGGCUGUACCAAGAUGUACACCAAGAGCAGCCACCUGAAGGCCCACCUGAGGAGGCACACGGGGGAGAAGCCUUUCGCGUGCAACUGGCAGGGCUGUGGAUGGAGGUUUUCCCGGUCGGACGAGCUGUCGCGACACCGGCGGUCCCACUCGGGGGUGAAGCCCUACCAGUGUCCCGUGUGCGAGAAGAAGUUCGCCCGCAGUGACCACCUUUCAAAACACAUCAAAGUCCACCGUUUUCCACGAAGCAGCCGGACAGUACGCUCGGCAAACUGACGCUCGGAUCACUGGGAAUGCUGGGAUCACUCUCAUACAUAGACAUAGGCCAAGGGAGCAAGGUGUGAGUGUGUGCAAACAGGUGUGUGUGUGUGUGUGUGUGUGCGCAAAUGUUUGUGCCAUCAUCAAAUCAAUAAGUGAGUGGAAGCACGCCUUACCUUUUUGUUUCAGCAGUCUGUGAUUGUUCUAAUUUAUUGUACAAAGGUAAACCAACACAGUUGCCAUCUUGUCUGUAAUCAGCUAACGGUUGUUGUUGCUGUUGGUGCUUUUGUAGAUUGUACUCCUUAUGUUUGUUCUGCUCUUAUCUCCUGCCUCAGCAAAAGAUAAGAUAAGCUUAUUUUCAUUCAGUCUGGAUUAUGUGAUGCUUUGGUAAUAGCCUUGCGUGACCAUUCUACCCCGGAGAACAACUGCCUUUUAUUUUUCGGAAAACUGCCAAUGUUUCGGACAUUCCUCAUCUUAUGCAAAGUUAAGGAAGUUCAUAUGGACCUCCACCUGCUACUGCCGGAGUAGUAGUUACUCUUCCUGGGGUCCACAGAGGUUUCUGCUGUGAGGUUUUUCUGAUAGCUUUGUCCUAGUUUUUGCUGCAUUGCACCACAGUUCACUGUCAGAACAGAUGAACACCUUAGUUAUUCAGCUCAGUGUUGAUGCACAAGGAGAGAUCAUUAUACUUCGUGGACAUGAACUACUGAUGGCUUAAUCUCAAUAAGCUACCGAGGCUCCUCUCACAUUUUACUGCAACUUUGUGAACUGCAAGGAGGAAGACAAUGACAGAGCAACACAAGAAAUGCAAAAGCGAAACAGUGAUUGUUCAAUCGGCCUUCUGUUCAGUGUUAAAUGUCUAAGCUAAGUCACGUGUACCUACUCGCUCGUCUUCUAUAUGUAUCACUUUUCUGGCCUUACUGUACCACAAAAUCCUUACUGGGGACUGUUUCGAGUCAAAUAAUCAAAUUAUGGCCCAUGUCAGUCUGCGCACAGCCACAAAACAGAAUGUCCCAGUCUGCUAUUAUUAUUUGAGCUGUUAUUUUGCUGAUAACUUGACACAACAGCUGCCUCAACUAUGCUUUAUCUGUUAUUGGACUCACCCUGAGAAGCCUUUGGCCUCAACUCAUUACAAUACGUUGAGGCGACAUCUGUGGACACACUACACACUAUGGUGCUGAACUACCAGGAGGAUGAAACUUCUGGGAAAUGUAAUCACGAUAUCCUUUUUUUCGAGGCCACGCCACAGGUGUUGAAACUUUUUAAAGCCCUAAUCGCUCUCACUCAUCAUUUGCUCUGUUCAUCACCCCCCGCUGUGAAUAAUGUAGGGGUGCACAGCGAUGCCGUCCAUCAUCAUUCAUGUAACGUAGAGCGACAACAAGCAGGGGUACACAACAUUGUACAUCAUUCCUUUUUAUUCAAUUUUUGAAUUUUGAACGCUUGUGUGAACACAGGUGUUUUAUCGCAUCCUAUGAAUGUAUGUAAAUAUGCAGGAAUGUACAUCGCUGCAUCCAGGAAACACACAGAGACUAUUCUGAUACCAUAUCUUAAAAAACAAAACAAAAUAACAAAUCAGUGGUUGUGAAGAUUUUUAGUGCAAACCCUAAAUGUGUACAUAACUUAACGUUUCAGUACAUAUGAAUAUAUUAUAUAUUUUUUUUCUUUGUUCUAUCCAAGAUGCAUUUACAAAUAAAAUUUUAAA